CAGUCUAGAGGAGGCCGUUAAAUCGGAAACAUAUUUUUCGGUGCACCAGAAUAAUAAUCUCAGUCGUUUUGAGGUUAAGCUUAACCAUGAAAGCGUAUCUGUGCACGCUUAUCUAUGUUGCCUUGUAUACAAUAAUAACCAACGCGAAACCACAGCGAUGUAGAGCUGGCAACAUGGGCAUGACAUAUUGUGGAAAAUCGUGGGCAGAGUAUUUUGGCAACUUAGGUGGCGGCAAUCCCGAUUACGGCAACUACUAUGGUGGUGGCAACAUGCAGCCAAGCAGUGGAAGCAUAAAUCAAAAUAACUCAUCAUUAGGGCCAUCUGGCGAACGUCCACCACACCAGUACUGCGUUGGAUGCACCAUCAACUACGUUGGUACCGGAACAAACAACACCAAUCAGGUUCACAUUCAAGCAAAUGAUAAUCCAUUCGCACGGUGGCGUCAAUGGAGACCACAACGUUUUCCCGGCGGUUUUGGAGGCAUGAAUGGCAGAGGCAGAGGCAUGAAUAACGGAGGAGGUGGAGGCAAUAAUAACGGAGGCAACGAAGGCAAUAAUAACGAAGACGGAGGCAAUAAUAACGGAGGCGGAGGCAAUAAUAACGGAGGCGGGAGCAAUAAUAACGGAGGAGGUGGAAGCAAUAAUAACGGAGGACAAGGCUUCAUGCAUAACGGCGGAGGCUGGAAUAAUUAUGAUUAUUACAAUUGACGUAUUUAGACUUUAUUUUCUGACAAAAGAUUUUGUCUAGUAUUUUUAUAUAAAAGUAUUUAACUAAUUUAUAUGACUUAUGAUAUUAAUUUAUAACUAACUCAUCAAAUCAUCAACAUUAGUUUUUUAUUUUUAAAUGAACGUCAUUACAUGAAAAUAAUAGAAUUGUACACCACAUAGAAACAAAACAAAAAACAAACAUAAGCCUGUUUCUGAGCUCUAAAUCCCACUGUUCUAUAGUAGAAUGGAAGUUUGUUCCUUGAAGUGGGUUAGAGGUACGAAAAGUAUACCUAUAUCUAAAAAAAAGUUAUUUUCUAGAGAAACAAAAACUAAAAAUUCAAUAUCAGAGAAGUCAAGGUCACAGCUAUUUUUAAUCGCCUUUACUAAUUGAAAACAUUUAAAAUCUUUAUCACAUUAUUGCUAUUAUCACUAAAUAUCACAUUUUAUUUAUCUUUAGACAAAAAGAUGUCGUCAUCAUCAUCAUCAUCAUCAUUGUCAACAGCCAGGCCUCCCUCGUCGGAAAGGGGGUAUUCUUAAACUCGCCACGCUGCUGUAAUGCAGGUUGGUGGGCAUAGGGGAUGCUAAAUUCAUUAAUGACCAUUAUUAGAUGUUAAUGAUAAUGACCAGGAACGACAGCUUUACGUGCUCUACGAGGCACGGGGUGUAAGACCACCAACUUUCUAACUCCGAGCUGUGAGAGUUUUAAUUUAAAAAUUAUAAUGGAAUGGGGUUGUUCUUGAAUUACAAAAUAAAACACUCAUAUUUCUGUUAUCGAGCCACGAUUGCGUUUAAUUUUUUGAAUGAAAUAAUCUUCUGAAUAAUCGCUCAUGUUUUCUGAUGAUUAAAUUUUAUAAAAUAUCAUUUAAGUUUAUUAGAAGAAUAAACUAAAAGAUCAAUACUGAUAUUGCAUAGCCCAGGAACUAGUUAUUCAAAACCACAUAAGCAUACUUCUGGACCAACACGUGUAAUAAUAUGAAGUUAAUAACAAUUAUGAAGUUAAAAUA